UAGCUCCUAGAGAUCUUCGCAGUGAAAGUAUUACAAACACCACCAUAAACAUGAAGUGGGAUGCUCCUCUUCCAAAAAAAGGAGAGAUCUGUAACUACACCCUGCAGUGGAAAGAGGCGAACACCAAAGGUAUAGAAGCACGAAAUGAAACUACAAAUGAAACUUCGCUUGAGAUAAAAGAUCUGAAACCCUACACUAAUUAUUCCUUUAAAGUUCGAGCUGCAACAUCUGUUGGAGAAGGACCUUGGACUGAGUCAGUUUAUAUCAAGACUAAAGAAGGAGUUCCAUCAGCACCACAGAACUUACGAGUUUCCGAUGUAACAAAUACGAGCAUACAUAUCGAAUGGGAUGAGCCUCAGCCCUCUGUAGGAGACAUUCUGAAUUAUACGGUGGAAUGGACCAACUUCGAAAUAAGUAUAACCAGCCUAGGUAAUGCAUCAGGGUCUCCAUAUGAUAUAAAACAUUUAGUGCCUUAUUCAAAGUAUAGUGUACGAGUUCAAGCGGUGACUAAAGCAGGUCCCGGAAAUUGGUCUGAAAGUAAAACAUUUUGUACAGCAGAAGGGGUGCCUUCAGCACCACGGAAUUUAAAAAUUUCCAAUGUAACAAAUACAAGCACACAUAUCGAAUGGGAUGAGCCUCAGUCUUCUGUAGGAGACAUUCUGAGUUACACGGUGGAAUGGACCAAUGUCGAAAAUGGUAACAGCAGCCGAGAUAAUGCAUCAGAGUCUCCCUAUCACAUAAAACAGUUAGUGCCUUAUUCAAACUAUAGUGUACGAGUUCAAGCUGUGACUAAAGCAGGUCCUGGAAAUUGGUCUGAAGUUCAAACAUUUCGCACAGCAGAAGGGGUUCCACUUCUUCCAUCCAAACCUGAGGUGGUAAAUGUCACCGACUCUACUUUAAUUAUAAAAUGGUCCGAACCUCUGCCAUUCAGGGGCCGUGUUCUUGAUUAUACUGUUGAAACGAUCAACAAGAAUACAUCAGAAGAAAAGCAAUACACCACGGAAAAUAUGAAUUUAGUAAUUCAGGAGUUGAAUGCUUAUACAGAUUACUCAAUCCGCGUUCGUGGACGAACUGCAGCCGGUAAUGGAAGAUGGUCCGAAGAGCUUUUAAUUCGCACCAAAAGUGGAAUCCCAUCGACUCCACUGAAUCCAAAAGCAAAAGACUGUACUAAUACUAGUGUUCUGAUCCAAUGGGAGGAGCCUAAGCCUUUUAAAGGACCAAUCCUUAGUUAUACAGUAAAGUGGACAAACUUGACUGGCAAAUCAUUAGAUCACCGAGUUCAAGAAGGCACAGAAUUUAAUAUCACAGAUUUACAGCCAUUUCAUAAUUACACCAUCCAGGUCCGCGCAACAACAGACGCAGGUGAUGGUGAAUGGUCUCAGGAACUGAACGUUCGGACUAAAAUUGGAGUUCCAUUGAAACCUCUCAACGUUCGAGACAAGCACGUUAAAAACAUCAGUAUAGAAAUUCAGUGGGACGAACCAACUCCUAAUAGAGGACCUAUAGACAACUAUACUGUAAUGUGGAUGAAAGAGAACACUAAAGAAUCAAAGACUAGAAUAGCAGAGCCUCAAUCAAAUACUGGAUUCAUCAUUGACGACUUACAGCCUUUCACAAAUUACAUUAUUCGAGUACGUGCGACGACUGAAGCUGGAGACGGACCAUGGUCUUCUGAACAUCAUACUCAGACUGGAAUUGGAGUUCCAUGGCCACCUCAGAAUGUCAGAAGCAAAGAAAAAACCAACUGUACUAUCCAUCUUGUUUGGGAAGAGCCUCAACCCACGACAGGCCCCAUUCUUUCUUAUACUUUAAAAUGGACCAAUGUAAAUUCAACAAUUUCUAAUAUAACAGAUAUGAAUGGAAAUAUUACUUCUUACGUAAUCAAAGAAUUGGAACCUUUUACUGAUUAUAAUAUUCAAGCACUUGCAAGAACAGAAGCAGGUGAAGGAAAAUGGUCUGAAAAAGUUGUUAUUAGGACUGAAAUUGGAAUUCCCACUAUGCCUCGAGAUGUCAAACUUUCUGUCGUGACAAAUACUACCAUCGAGUUAGAAUGGAAUAUUCCUAGCCCUUCCAAUGGACCGAUAGAACUUUACAUCGUGCAAUCGACCAAUCUGAAGUCAAACAACAGUGCAGAAAUUACUACUAAAGAUCUGUUUUACAAAAUCGACAAUUUAAGUCCUUACACGGAAUAUUCUAUUCAGAUUUGCGCAAGGACAGCAGCUGGAGAAGGACCGUGGUCUGAGCAGCUUAUCACACAAACAAAAAUUGGAAUUGCUAGUCCUCCACGAAAUGUAUCUGCCUUAGAAACAACUGCAUUUGAUAUUAAGGUAUCCUGGGACAUACCUGAGUAUCCUAACAGUCCUGUUAGCGAUCUCAAAUAUUUGGUAUCAUGGAAUGCAGCAGGCAAAGAAACUAUCAGAAGUGAGGUAGAAAAACCGCCAUUUCAUGCUGUUAAUUUAACUGCAUAUACUGAAUACACCUUCUUUAUCUUUGCGCAGACCGAAGUUGAUUUGAGUCUUUCAUCUGAUCCUCUGACAGUCCGGACGGCUAUUGCAGAACCAAGCGUCCCACAAAAUUUAUCUGUGGUUACCGUGACAAGUACUACAAUACUGAUUGAAUGGUCCAUUCCUGAAUAUCCAAAUGGACCUGAGCUCAUCUAUGAUUUGCAAUGGCGGAAAGAAGAAGAUGACCAUGUUAGGAAUGGAAAUAUUAAUACGAAGGACACUCAUUACGAAUUGAAGGAAUUAGAACCGUACACCAGUUACUCAGUACAAUUGAGAGCAAGAACAUCAGUAGGAUAUGGGCCUUUUACAAAAUCGCUGCUCAUUUCCACGGCAAUUGCAAUUCCGGAACCAGCUGAGAUAGAGGCUUUUACCAGAACUUCAAGAACUAUUCUCGUGAAAUGGAAUAAAACGGGGCCGUAUCCUGGACCAGUAAGCUAUUUUCUCGAUGUGUGCCAAAUGCCGACUCAGUGCAGCUCGAAAAGCGAAACAUUUACAGUAAGAACUCUCAAAGAUAAUGAAGAUAGUGAAAGCUGGAAGUCACAAAGCGAUAAACUUGUGGAAGAUUUAAUACCAUAUACUUCAUAUUUUUUCCGUAUAAAGUUGGAAACUGAGGCAGGAAGUAAAACAAGUGAAUCCAGCAAUGUAAUUAAGACACCAGCUGAUGUCCCAGAUGCUCCUCAAAACGUAAACGCCAAAUGCGACCAACAGCCAACUGAAGCCGAAGUGAGUUGGUCACCUCCGAAAUAUCCCAAUGGACUCAUAGUCAAGUACAGAAUAGAAUAUGGUCUGGAGAAUUCAUAUAAAAUGAACGCAUACCUAGCCGUAACUGAUCCAUGCAAAGAUCAAAAGAUUGUUCUUCAAAAUCUGAGACCGGAGCGCAAUUAUAGAAUAACCGUACGAGCCCGGGCACAAGAUGUGGAUUCUGACGGACAGCCGGCUACUUUCAAACCAUGCAUCCUACCAGCAGGAAUUCCACCUCUUGGCAAUACUAGUAAAAUACUAGUAAAGGAAUCUGGCCCUCGUCGCUUGAUGAUCGAGUGGAGCAGGGACGCUUUCUCAGAUUACAUGGGAACUUUGGUUCGCUAUGCCGUACUCGUUGGUUUAAAGGAUGCAUUAGGAAAUGCGACAAGUGGUAAAACAUCCGAGAAUCUCCCGAACUGGUCGAAAUUCAUUGCAGGGGAGAGCAACUGUUACCAAGCCACGCCACCUGAAUGGAAUCCUUUCGACAAAAGUCAAAAUGACUCUCUCGAAUGUAAGCCUAGCACAGACGGAAGUAUCCUGAAAUGCACCAUAGGGCUCGAGAAUAAUUGUCCAAAUAACGAAACAUAUUGCAAUGGACCGCUUCGACCAGCGACCGAAUACGAGAUGAAGCUGAGAGCAUUUACUCGUGGAGGAUAUGCUGAAUCGCAACCUCUCCUCGCUCGAACAGCACCUGCCGCAUCUUCAUCGUACCUAGGAGCCCUGGUGGCAGGACUAACGUUACUGCUUAUAGUUGUCUUCCUUCUCAUGGGUCUUAUAGUUUUACAAAGGAAAGGAAAACUAGAACCACUAAGACAAGUUAUUAGAUCAAGGUUCGGACACGUUGCUCCAUCAGCACCCCCAGUUCCUGAGCCUCCUCAACAAAUUGAAAUAUAUCAAACGAGAGGGCCUUUGGACGUACACAAUUUUUCGGAGCACGUGAGGAUUAUGAUGUCGGAUUCGCAUCUCAGGUUUUCUCAGGAAUUUGAAGCCUUGAAACGUUCUAGUCCACAGUUCCCGUGUGCAACGGCAGAGAUGGAAGAAAAUCGAGGCAAGAACCGAUGGAUGAACAUCUAUCCCUAUGAUCACUCGAGAGUGAAAUUGUUACCAUUAGGCGAUGAACCUGGAUCUGAUUUUGUCAACGCUAAUUACAUACCCGGUAAUUCCUCUCUUCGCGAAUAUAUUGCUAGUCAGGGACCUCUGCCGAAUACUGUGGAUGAUUUCUGGAGGAUGGUAUGGGAGCAAUCUGUGACUGUCAUCGUUAUGCUUACUCAGUGCGUGGAGAGAGGGAAGAGUAAGUGCGAGCAAUAUUGGCCAGCACCGGUGGAGAUGAAAUACUACGGCGAUUUGCAAGUACGGACGCUUUCCGAAUCCAUGCUGUCCAGUUACGUCAUACGGGUGUUCCAUGUGCAGCUGGGUCCUCGAGAGCUGCGAGUGAAACAGAUGCACUUCACGCGCUGGCCGGAUUUCGGUUGUCCAGAAAGCCCAGAUGACCUCAUUAAUUUCGUUAGGGCAGUGCGUGAUCACCUUCCAAGAGUCCGACCUGGACCCAUACUCGUUCACUGUAGUGCCGGUGUUGGGAGAACAGGUACAUUCAUCGCUGUUGAUAGACUCUCUCAACAGCUAAUGCGCAGUGAUGUUAUCGAUGUGUAUGGGACAGUGUUAGAUUUGAGGCAGUAUCGAACUAACAUGGUACAAACAGAGGACCAAUACAUCUACAUUCAUUUAUGUGUAAAUCAGCUAAUUCGGGAAAGAGCUACAGCAGAUGAAGAUGAAUAUGAGGAGGCAAUCUACUCAAAUGUUGGUGCUAUGAAAGAUACAGGAGUCUAGAAAUACAACAACUGCCAAAACGAACUGCCAUCAUCCCACCUGGAAACAGUAUUAAUGAAGCAGUAGUAUUUCCCUUUCCUUCUGAAUGCAGGUGAAAAGUAUCAGCCAGUAGUUUCAAUCACAACAGGUGGAGAAAGGGAAGUGCAUCACUUGCGAUGACAAGUGUACUGCAUAAGUGCAAUAUUUUCAGAAUUGUACAUAUUAUUAAAAUUCCAUUGUACAGAAUGCUAAAUAUCAACCAUUCCGAAUUUUUCUCAUCUGAAUACUGAAGUAGAGAUCUGUGAUCACCGAGUGAUUCCAAGAACAAAAGGGACUUGUGAUAUGGAAAAUAUGUGCAAACACUAAACAGUGAUUAUGUUAUGUGUCCAAAUAUUUGUAUAUAGUGAUGUCCAUAAAUUAUUUUAUUUUUGUAUAAACAA